UCACUCAGAUCUAGUAAUAUAGAUUUUGCCUUAAAAUUAUUAAAAAGUACUAUUUAAACUAGUUUAAACGAAUUAAAACUACUUUUAAAGCUAAGCGUACGUUCGAGUAAAUGCGUUCGGGUAGAAAUUAAUUCGCUAUAGCUUACCAAUGAACAUCUGACGGCAUGGUUAAGAUGGCCGCAACAGAAGAGCAGGAUAGGAAAAUAGUGCUGGAGUUCUGCCAUUUGUUGGAGAAGUCCAAGCAGUUAUUCAACGGGCUGCGCGAUCUGCCCCAAUACGGACAUCGCCAAUGGCAGGCGUACUUCGGGCGCACCUUCGACGUGUACACGAAGCUGUGGAAGUUCCAGCAGCAACAUAGACUAGUCCUAGAUUCUAAGUACGGAUUAAAGCGAUGGCAAAUCGGUGAAAUAGCUAGUAAAAUUGGGCAACUCUAUUAUCAUUAUUAUCUGAGAACGAGCGAAACGAAUUACCUGAAUGAGGCGUAUUCGUUCUAUGCGGCGAUUCGAGGGCGAGCAUACUACUCCAGGGCAAUCAAGGAGGACAGACCGGAUCUCAUGGUUAAGAAAUUACGUUACUACGCUAGAUUUAUUGUUGUUUGUUUACUGUUGAAAAAGAUGAAGCUAGUGAGAGAAUUAGUUAUCGAAUUAGAGCGACAAAUACAGGAAUACACAUCAACAUACGAGCCCGAGGAUCAACUCGAGUGGUCGCUAGUGUUGGACGAAAUCAAAGGUUUUAUCAAGGCGGAAGCGGCCGUGGCGGUGCUCCAUGCAGACACGAACCCAAUCGUUCUGUCGCACAGUGGUUCUGGUUCUAGGUUAAGUCCCCUUACGACGCCACCCUGCGAAAGGACGCCGCACAUGACGCUCAGCCUGCAAGAGAUACUGAUAGUGGGUUCGGCCUGUGAGCAGGCAAAGUUCUCUGAAUUGACAAUGGACAUGUUCAGGAUGCUGCAAACUUUGGAGCGUGAACCCACAGAGUCGAUGCAUCCCUUGACGGGUCACCCUAUGAGUACGCAUGGUGGACCCCACGAUGCGAGUCCUGCUGCUAGUAGAAUGCCCACGUAUGGAGUUCCUGGGUCCAAAGCUUACGUGGAGAAUGGUGAUCGCAGAGGGAUGCGUGAUAAUCCGCACAAAUAUCUACUUUAUAAACCGUCACUGAGUCAGCUUAUGGUAUUUCUGUCGAGUGGCUUCAAGGAACUUCCACCUGGUGGUGCUCUACUGUUGUACAUGUCUGCCGAUGGAUGCUUCUCGACUACGAAGCAUCCUCAAGAUUAUGGUUAUGAACUGGGAGGUUUGGCCACAAGUAUUAAACGAGAUGCGGUUGAUGGAGGACUUGCCGUUAGAGGAAAAUCUAGCGCUGGAUACAAGGAACCACAUUGUCUCUAUCCCGGAGAUCUGUAUCCAUACACGCGUAGACCAAUGUUCAUAAUAAUCGAUUCGGAUAAUUCGUUUGUAUUCCAACACAUACCAAGGUACUUUGGUCAGCCCCUUGUGAUAUUGAUGUCGCCUCAGGACGUCCCAGCGAAUUUCCAAGGUAUGCAUAUUCAACAUCACGGUUCGCUGUUCACUUUAUUCCUGCAUUCGCCAAUGACGGCGCUGUGCUACAUUUGCAACGUUGGUGAUGUCCCGAUACACCAUUGGGAGCGGUGCCAGAACUACGUCGAUAGGUUUGUAACGGAAGCUUCCCGGUUGGUUACACGGUGCCGAAUGGAUGAAAUAGAGCAAGGCAUAGGUUACAUAGAUUCUUCGUAUGUGCAGUUCUUCGGUGAUGAUUUUCUUCGCACACUGAUUUUGAGAUUUGUAUUUUGUGAUGUAACGCUGAGGCUACAUCGAGGUUUUCGAGGGCGUCACCAGAGGCCACGCUGCGAACCUCCACUUCCGGCAGCCGAGCUCCUGGAACAUCCUUCGUUGGCUCACAUAAUUUUACAAUUGGCUUCUGCUUUAGAUGUAAGGGGGCAUUUCAUUGAAGGUCCCGAAGGCGAUUGAUGGAUGAGGGCAACCGAUCUUCAUGGCAACGAUAAACUGAAUCAGGAACACAGUGGAGACAGUUACUAUGGUAAUAAACUGCUGCUGCUACUAAUCCUGAGUCUACUAUGGCAGAAUGGAAAGACCAUGGCGGCAAUCGCGACGAUUUCUAUACCUAUUUUCCGAUGGAGUGCGUCAACAGACGGUAUACAUCAUUACUUGUUACUAGUGAAGCGACAGAUGGUAGUGGUGAUCGAAAAACAUGCUAUCUCGAUUUGCUAUGCUGUACUACUAAAAUGCUUUUUAUCGUUUGAUUAUCGGCUCGCGCUAACGGUUAAGAUCGAAUACUAGCUGCUGGAGACAUCAGUCCAAGCACCAGUCCGAAGUGGAAUAGUAUUUAAAAUCACAAAAGAUGGACAAACACAAGAUGAUAUGUUACCUCCUCUAUUUAUUUAAUAGAAAGUUCACGGCUUUUUACGCUACAUGUUGUUACAUAUACACUAUUAUAAGAAGAAAAAAGCGAAGUAAUCGUAGUGCGUAAAGCGUGUUUUCUACACACAUCAUUAGAUAACACUUUUUCUAAACUCGGCACAUUUAUUCUUUAUCAGGUAGGAUGUUCACUCUCGAUUCCGACAUCAAAUGUAUACAGUUACGUGGUUACGAUCAUAACUAGGAUAAUACUGAGCAUUUCGUGACAAUGAGUUCUCAAUAAUGGUAGAACUGAUGCAAUGAUCCAAGGAUGAUUUAAAUUUCCUUUUUUUCUGUUUAUUGAAAUCGAUUCUCAGAAAAGUGGUGCUAAACAGUUGAAAAGCGUGUACGACGAUACUCAACUGAAUGAGAAUGUUUUUCCCGCUACUGAAUAGCUUUGACAACACUCUUUUAUGAUUUCUAAAGAGUUCCAGCGAGGAACGAAUGCCAAAGAAAUUUUGCUCGGUGCAGCAUUUUUUAUGUGACGAAAUAGAGCUUGAGUUGAAAUUGAUGAACGAAAUUACUGCUUCUCUUCCUCAUUUCGAAGCAGUUGGAUGUGUGUUGCUGCCCUGAGAGGCGAUGUGCUAAAAUGCAGUCGUGAUUGUCACUGAAUUUUCGCUCUAUCGUUCGGACCUCUGAGUCAUACCUUGAGCUGCCAAAUAGGAAAUUUUCUUUGACUACGUUUUAUCGCAUUUCUGACUAUGUUUCUUGAAAUUAGACCGGGGAAUUUGUGUGAAUGAUGAAAAAAAAAAAAUGAUCCACUGAAAGGAAAUUUCGAAUCAUAAAGUGUUUGGGAAAAUUUCUACACAUUUUUGAUCUAGUUUUAUUAAUUUUUAACCACCAUCCAACGGUUUCAAUGUAUUCAUUAUCUUUUAAAGAAUGUUGAAUGUAUUUUUUUAUCAUACACUAUUUAGUUGAACAUUGCAUAUAUGGUGAAUAUGUUCUGGUAUUGAUUCUCGAACGAGCUUAUACCGACUCGUCUAACCUUUAAUUUGUAAAUAAUGUUAUUCCCUUGGUUUCAAUGUGAAUUAAUUCAUUAAACUAUUUGAGAAAAAGAACACAGUUAUUAAGUGCAAUAAUUCAUCAAUACUGUAAAAAUACCCAGCCGAUAUUUGGACAAUAUAAACGUGUGAUCACUGCCGCUAUUUCGCUUCAUUAGAGACAUAAAUAAAACAAAUCAUAGAGAAAAAAAAGACAAAACCAAUACGAAUCGUUGAAGAAGACAAUGGGAGACAAAAGGUAAACCACACAUCUAUGCGCUUGGUUAAUUACUAUUGCUCCAUAAAAGACGACAAACACAAUGCUCGUAAUAAGAAUCAUCAAGUUUACCAGAAUGUAUUCAACCGAUGAGGCAGGAUGGAAGAAGAAGAGGAAGAAUAACGGGAAAUUGUGGGUGGGUGUCAAGAUGAGAUUAUGAAUGAACAACUCAAACGGAAUGAACAGAAAAGGGGAAUGGAGGGCGUUGGGGGAGUGUAAGAAAACACAUUUAGACGCAUUAUACACGUUGAAAGAAUCGGUUCUCGCGUGAAACAAAAAUACUAAAAAACAACCAAAGGAAAAUAAAUAUAGAUUUUUAGGAAGUGCUGUAAGGUUAUGUGGAAGCAGAUAUAGAUAGGGAAUUAUAUAUAUAUUUAAAAAAAAGGUAUAAUUAAUAGGAUAAACAAAACAGAUAAUGGGGAAGUAGAGUGUAUUUAAAUGGAAGCAUUUAGCGACCAGCUUUUUUGUGGGUAAUUUUUUUCAUUUAAAAUCGCAGAAUAAAAAAAAAUACACACACUGCGAUUAUAGUAAAAAAGUAGCAAAAAAUUUAGAAGGGAAACAAAACAAGUAUUUCGCUGAAUGAAUAGUAGUGCGCAUGUCUUGCCAACAGAUUCUUAUGCUGUUCAGUUCAUCUGUGAAUAGAUUAAUGGUAAAUCAAACAAUAAAAGCUAGUUCAUUUUUAAAAAGGAAAGAUCCUUAACAACAUUUGUUGGGAUGAUAGAAUAUUAUAAUCUGCACUCUGUAAUGAUGUUCCAAAAGUAUUCGGAAUGGUGCUUCGUAUAGCUUCUGUUUGGAUUUGAUUUAACUUUAUUUGUUGGUGCGUAACAUUAGUGAAGACAAGCAUCCCACAGAAACAUUUUGGUGUCGUGUAGAUGGUGUCGGCCAUUGCAAUAAGCUCGGUAGAAUGCAGAUGUUCAGAUGAAAAAAAGAAUGGAAAGCCUCAUACUCGUAUAUCAGUAUGUGUAUCACAAGCUCUUCAUAGAUACGAGUAUCUGUGUAUGAAGUUGACGUUUUUGGAGGUUAUGAGCUGUGGAAAACGAGGAGGGAGAAUCCGAAACUUAUGACGGAGAACUUUUCCGAAUAGUCUGGCUCGGAAAUAAGGUUCGUCGCCAUGUUGUUGCUGUUAUGUUACUGUUCCGCCGAGCAAUGAGAUCAAACUACAACACUAGGUAUGAUGCUGAGUACUUAACUGUACCCAGCCUGACUGCAAUUCUUGCUGACAGUUCAACCAACAAAAGCAGUUCUACCGGAUUAGACAUA